CCCUUUCGUUCCCAGCAGGCCCUGCACGGGGAAAGAUGGCGGCGUCCAGGUAGAGGUCUUUUGGAAACUUGGUUGGUAUGGCGUUGGCGUCUGGGCCCGCAGUUCGGGCACUAGCUGGCCCUGGGAGGCUUGGCCUCGGAGGCUGCGGGGCCCCGAGACGUGGGGCGUACGAGUGGGGUGUGCGCUCCACGCGGAAGCCCGAGCCUCGACCCCUGCACCGGGUAUACGAGAUUCCGGGUGUGGAGCCCAUUACCUUCGAGGGGAAGAUGCAUUUCGUCCCGUGGCUGGCGCAGCCGAUCUUCCCGCCGUGGGAGCGCGGCUGGCAUGACCCACGGUUCCACCGCCCGGGCCCGAUCCACGAGCAUCCUCGGUACAAGGACCAGCCCUGCUACGUCUUCCACCAGCGUUGCCGCCUCCUUGAGGGUAUGAAGCAGGCUCUCUGGCUCACUAAGACCAAGCUAAUAGAAGGCCUUCCCAAGAGAGUUCUUAGUCUUGUUGAGGAUCCCGCAAAUCACGUGGAGAACGAAGAGGAGCGUGUUCUAGACAUCAUCUCUCAUGCCCGUCUCUGGCACUCCAUGGAAGACACCCCCAAGAGACGGACCUACUGCCCAGUCAUUGUGAACAGCCUCAUACAGCUGUGCAAGUCCCAGAUUCGGAAGCAUCCCUCUUUGGCCAGGCGGAUCUGUGCCGAAAACUACUACUUGUCUUCCACCUGGAAUCGAGAGUCUCUUCUCCUUCAGGUCCGAGGUACCAGUGGUGCCAUACUGAGUGCCAAGGAUCCUCUGCCCACCAUGGCCUCCCCGGAGGAGGUUGAAGCUACCAGAAGUCAUGUUCUUGAGACCUUCUAUCCCAUAUCUCCUACCAUUGACCUUCAGGAAUGCCAUGUUUACGACCUGGAGGAUGACACUGGAUUCCUGGAGAGCUAUCCUUACCCCUACCCCCACACCUUGUAUUUCCUGGAAAAGGCCAAUUUACGGCCACACCGCUUACUUCCAGAACAGCUAAGGGCCAAGAUGCUCCUGUUUGCUUUCGCGAAUGCCCUGGCUCAGGCCAGGCUCCUCUAUGGGAACACCCCCAAGGCCUUGGAGCAGCCCAUAGUUGUGCAGAGUGUGGGCACUGACGGCCGUGUCUUCCAGUUCCUGGUGUUGCAGUUGAACACCACAGAUGUGGCGUCUAGUGAGGGCAUCAAGAAUUUGGUGUGGGUAGACUCGGACCAGCUCCUUUACCGGCACUUCUGGUGUCGCCCAGUCAUCAAAAAGAAGGUGGUGGUGGAACCCGUUGGGCCUGUUGAUUUCCAUCCAGAGACGUUCAGGAAGUUUUUAGCUCUGUACUUGCAUGGCGCUGUAUGAACUAAGAACCUUCCAGGGCCUGACUCCCUACCUUCCUUCCUUUGAAGAGCCUGUACCCCGAGAUGGUGGGGCCUGGCCUGGCC